AUGUCUCUAAAACGUAUUACCAAGGAACUUAAUGAUUUAGGAAGAGAUCCUCCAACUUCCUGUUCAGCUGGUCCAGUUGGUGACGAUAUAUAUCACUGGCAGGCUUCUAUUAUGGGUCCUCCAGAUUCUCCAUAUGCCGGCGGUGUUUUUUUCCUCUCGAUCCAUUUCCCAACUGAUUACCCAUUCAAGCCACCAAAGAUCGCUUUCACUACCAAGAUAUAUCAUCCAAACAUCAAUGCCAAUGGUAAUAUCUGUUUGGAUAUCCUAAAGGACCAAUGGUCCCCAGCAUUAACUAUCUCUAAAGUGCUACUGUCUAUCUGUUCGCUGUUGACAGAUGCUAACCCAGAUGAUCCGUUGGUUCCAGAGAUUGCACAUAUCUACAAGACUGAUAGGGCUAAAUAUGAGGCUACUGCUCGAGAAUGGACCAAGAAGUAUGCCGUAUAA